AUGAACAGCGAAUACGACUAUUUAUUCAAAUUAUUACUUAUCGGUAACUCUGGUGUAGGUAAAUCAUGUCUACUACUGAGAUUCUCAGAUGAUACCUACACAAAUGAUUAUAUCUCCACAAUAGGUGUCGAUUUCAAAAUUAAAACUAUAGAACUAGACGGUAAAACUGUCAAAUUACAAAUCUGGGAUACUGCUGGUCAAGAAAGAUUCAGAACAAUCACUUCUUCAUAUUAUCGUGGUUCUCACGGUAUUAUCAUCGUCUACGACGUAACAGAUCAAGAAUCAUUUAAUGGUGUUAAAAUGUGGUUACAAGAAAUUGAUCGUUAUGCAACCUCUGCCGUAUUAAAAUUAUUAGUGGGUAACAAAUGUGAUCUUGAUGGUAAAAGAAUGGUAGAAUAUGAUGUUGCUAAAGAAUUUGCGGAAUCAAAUAAUAUGCCUUUCUUAGAAACUUCUGCUUUAGAUUCCACUAACGUCGAAGAAGCUUUCUUAACAAUGGCAAGACAAAUCAAAGAAAGUUUCGCUCAACAAAAGAUUCAAGAUGGUAGUAACGCAAAUGCUAAUUCAAAUCUACAAAAUGAUAAAUCAAACGUAAAUUUAAAUGGUCAAAGUUUAACUAAUGCAACUAAUAACUGUUGUUAA